ACACAGAAUUCUUCAGUGAUUCGGUCUCGAACUGUAGCACAAUGAAGGCUUUGGUGUUCCUUCUGCUCCUGGCGGUUGUAAGCGCUAAACGGUAUGAUCGGUGUGAGCUGGCAAGAGCCAUGAAAGCAAAUGGCUUGGACGGGUAUCAUGGCAUCAGUCUGGCUAACUGGGUUUGCUUGGCCAAACAUGAAUCCGAUUACAACACCAAAGCCAUCAACCACAACACUGAUGGAUCAACGGACUAUGGCAUUUUCCAGAUAAACAACCGUUGGUGGUGUAGCAAUGGCAGCUUCCGUAGCGCGAACGGGUGUAAAAUCUCCUGCAAUCAGCUUCUUACUGAUAACAUCUACCAAGCUGCUCAGUGUGCCAAGACCAUAGUGAGACAGCAGGGCAUUACUGCAUGGGUGGCAUGGCGCAGAUAUUGCCGGGGUCGUGAUGUAAGCUCUUACACUGCAGGCUGUAGAGUUUAAACAAAAUCAUGAAACGACAACUGCUUUAAUUAUAUUAAACUUGAAUGUUUAAUAUAAUCGAAACAAAGCGAUGGUAACGAUGAAAUAAUAGUGCAUUAAGAAACCAAAUCAUCUGGUAGAUCCUAGACACAGUGCUCUAAUUACUCAUAAUCUGCAAUGAGCUCAUUAAAGUCUAUGUAUACCUUCCAGCAAUAUCAACAAUGCACAAAUAAAACAUCUAAAUACAGCAA